AAUUAAAGUUUAUGAAUACAUAAAUAUUUAUGGAAAGCAAGAGCAAUUGGGAUAAGCAUUUUGAAUUCUUGAAGCUUUUUCUGCACCAAACACAAAGUAAAGCAAUGCCAUUUCCACCCAUUUAAAGUGAAAGAAACUAAGACUAAGAGUACUACUACACAAACACACGAGAAGAACACACAAAAAGAUUGUGGAGAGAUAGAGAGAUGUACAGGUUCAGUAACACAGUGAUAGGGUUCUUGAACCUCGUCACUCUCUUAGCAUCAAUUCCGAUAAUCGCCGCAGGUCUAUGGAUGUCAAGGAGCAGCACCACAUGUGAAACUUUCCUCCAAACUCCACUUUUGGUGGUAGGUUUUGUGGUGCUCGUGGUAUCCCUAGCUGGGUUCAUUGGUGCCUGCUUCCAUGUGGUAUGGGCACUCUGGGUGUACUUGGCGGUGAUGCUGCUGCUGAUCGCAACCCUAAUCGGUUUGACAGUGUUUGGGUUUGCGGUUACAAGCAAAGGUGCUGGAGUGGAGGUGCCUGGUAGGGUUUAUAAGGAAUACCACCUUGAGGAUUACUCACCAUGGUUGAGGAAUAGGAUUAAGGAUCCUAAUUAUUGGAGUAAGAUUAGGAGUUGCAUCAUGGGGUCCAAAACUUGUGCUAAGAUUGUUGCUUGGACACCUACUGAUUAUCUUGAAAGGGACAUGUCUCCAAUACAGUCUGGUUGUUGCAAGCCUCCAACUUCAUGUAAUUACGACAUGGCAACCACAGCGACUCAAGACCAAGAUUGCUACCGUUGGAACAAUGCGCCCAAUUUGUUAUGCUAUGAGUGUGAUUCAUGCAAAGCUGGAGUUCUUGAAGAUAUCAAGAGGGACUGGCACAAGAUCUCUGUCCUCACCAUUGUCAUGGUGGUUGUUCUCAUUGGAGUAUAUUCAAUUGGUUGCUGUGCUUUCCGCAACGCAGAACGAGCUGAAACGGAUUAUCCAUAUGGUCAUAACGGGAUGAGUAAAAUCCGUCCCCGAUGGGAUUACCAUUGGUGAGUUUAAUCCCAUUGGUGGAGAAAGUGGCAUCACAGAAGAGAGCAGCUUUAUUAGUUGAAAUAAACUCUUAUCUUCUACUGGUUAUUGUAAAUCUUGUUGUAAGGUGUGCUUAAAGAUGGGACAAUUCAGUUGUUUUUCCAGUGCAUUGGAAAUUGGAGAGCUCUGAUCAAAUUUUCUUUUGUAUUUGUACAGACUUUUUUAAUUUAGCUUUUUUUUUUCUUUU